AAAAGUUUUAUGGGGAAAGAAUCUUCCCAUGGGGGGCAGGGAGCAGCUAAAUCUCUGCACCAACUUUUGUCCCCUGAGAUACCCUGAACUUCAGGUAGUAAGCAUUAAUUUCAGCUGCCAUCACCACUGUGGUCUUAAGAAAUAUAAUUCCUUUUGUAUACCAGAACUUAACGAAGACACUCUAUUCUUCACUGCAGUACAGCUGAUAUAGGCUAGCUGGUUCAAAUAAGAUUCUACUGAAGACUUAAAAGAGAAAUGGACUCAGAAAAAGCCUGGUGCAUGGCUCUUUGGUUGACACAGGCCAUAUCUGUCCAGGCUGCUGCCUCCUAGAGGUACUCUCCACCUGGGAUCACUCAUCACCUUCUCAGAGUCCUGACCCCAGAGAGCAAGAGUGCUCCCUUCUGCCUACCUGGCCUCCUGCUCAGUUCCAGGACCCCAUUCAUUCCUCCACAGGCACUCCCUGCGCACCUAGCCUGUGGAAGAUGCUCUGAGGACCCAGUGGUGGUAGAGUCACUGACCCUCACAGUACAUGGUCUAAAGGAGGCACACAACAGAUAAACAAGCCACUGAAAAAUGGUUUUAAGUUCCAGGAAGGAAGUCUCACUGAGGAGGUAACAUUUACUGAGAUCUCAGGUUUGAGGAGCCAAUACCCUAAAAAAGCAAAGAUUACAUUCCACGUAAAAGGAGCAGUAAGUGCAAAGGACCUGAUGCAGGAAGAAACAGCAAGACAGCCUUUGGGGCUGGCUUGCAGAGAACAGGGAGAGCUAUGACAGGAGGUGGAGAAUGGGGCAGGGGGCUGGGCAACACACAGGGUCUUGCAGGUCUUGCUAAUUGUGAGAUAAGCUUCUGAAGGGUUUGAAUCUGAAGCAGGACACAGUGGUGUAUAUUUAAUUUUGAGUUUCCUCUCUGGCUGCUCUGUGGAACAACUUUGGCUGCUCUGUGCAACAACUUAAGAGACUGAAACUGUCUUCCAAACACAGUAUGGUGGUAGUAGCGGUAAAGUAAAAGAAAGAAGUGGACAUCUCUGACACUUAUUUUGGAGGGAGAACCCACAGACUUGCUCUGGAUUGGGACAGUGUCUCCUGACCUGUGACUCAUCCCCCAGGGACAGCUCUCCACCCACAAGGGCUAGUAAGUUCACGGGCCUCAAGAGGAUGACCAGGCAGAAACACAGAUGGGGACUCUCGCAGAAAGCCUGGACUCAAGAGCAAGGAGGAGUCGGGGAAGAGCUGUUCUUCCCAAGAACAGCAAAGAAUGGAAGCAUGGAUGGGAAGAGUGCAUGCUAGCCCUCCCUGAUGGAGCUUUGGAUGUGGCCCUGCGUGCAGACGAGGCGGGCAGUGAGGAGGACCUAUACGAGGACAUGCACAGCUCGGGCCAUCACUACAGCCACCCUGGAGGGGGCGGUGAGCAGCUGGCCAUCAACGAGCUCAUCAGCGAUGGCAGUGUGGUCUGUGCUGAAGCACUCUGGGACCAUGUCACCAUGGAUGACCAGGAACUGGGCUUCAAAGCUGGGGAUGUCAUCGAAGUAAUGGAUGCCACCAACAGAGAGUGGUGGUGGGGCCGCGUCGCAGAUGGCGAGGGCUGGUUUCCAGCAAGCUUCGUGCGGCUGCGGGUGAAUCAGGACGAGCCAGCAGACGAUGAGACGCUGGGGACCGGGCACGGUGGGGCUGGGGAUGGUGGAGCCGAAGCUCAGAGCAGCAAGGACCAGAUGCGGACCAACGUCAUCAACGAGAUCCUCAGCACAGAGCGGGACUACAUCAAGCACCUGCGUGACAUCUGCGAGGGCUACAUCAGGCAGUGUCGCAAGCGCGCGGACAUGUUCAGCGAGGAACAGCUGCGCACCAUCUUUGGGAACAUCGAGGACAUCUACCGGUGCCAGAAGGCCUUCGUGAAGGCUCUGGAGCAGAAGUUCAACCGGGAACGGCCUCACCUGAGCGAGCUGGGCGCCUGCUUCCUGGAGCACCAAGCGGACUUCCAGAUCUACUCAGAGUACUGCAACAACCACCCCAACGCCUGCGUGGAGCUCUCCCGCCUCGCCAAGCUUAGCAAGUAUGUGUACUUCUUUGAGGCCUGCCGGCUGCUACAGAAGAUGAUUGACAUCUCCCUGGACGGCUUCCUGCUGACCCCGGUGCAGAAGAUCUGCAAGUACCCGCUGCAGCUGGCUGAGCUGCUCAAGUACACACACCCCCAGCACAGGGAUUUCAAGGACGUGGAAGCUGCCUUACAUGCCAUGAAGAAUGUGGCCCAACUCAUCAAUGAACGGAAACGGAGGCUCGAAAACAUCGACAAGAUCGCUCAGUGGCAGAGUUCCAUAGAGGACUGGGAGGGGGAAGAUCUCCUGGUCAGGAGCUCGGAACUCAUCCACUCGGGGGAGCUGACUCGUGUCACACAGCCACAAGCCAAGAGCCAGCAGAGGAUGUUUUUUCUCUUUGACCACCAGCUCAUCUACUGUAAGAAGGACCUUCUCCGCCGGGACGUGCUCUACUACAAGGGCCGAGUGGACAUGGAUGGCCUGGAGGUGGUAGACCUGGAGGAUGGGAAGGACAGAGAGCUCCACGUGAGCAUCAGGAAUGCCUUCCGGCUGCGCUGCAGCCCCACUGGGGAGAGCCACCUGCUGUGCGCCAAGAAGCCAGAGCAGAAGCAGCGCUGGCUCAAGGCCUUCGCCAGGGAGCGGGAGCAGGUGCGGCUGGACCAGGAGACAGGCUUCUCCAUCACCCAGCUGCAGAGGAAGCAGGCCAUGCUGAAUGCCAGCAAGCAGCAGGCCAUCGGGAAGCCCAAAGCCCUCGGCCGGCCCUACUACCUUACGCGCCAGAAGCACCCGGCCCUGCCCACCAGCCUGCCCCAGCAGCAGGUCUUGGUGCUGGCCGAGCCCAAGCGGAAGCCGUCCACCUUCUGGCACAGCAUCAGCCGGCUGGCGCCCUUCCGCAAGUGAGCCCACGCACCCGGCCCCAUGGCACCAUCUGGAUCUGCGCUGCCGGCAGCGUCCAGCUUCUCCAUGAGGCUCACCACACCCAGGCCUCCUCUGCCUGUUGUGCAAACUGGAAGUUAGUGGGGCUGAGCAUGGGAGGUGCUCAGUGCCCCCAUUCUCGGUUUCUUCCCUGCCACUGGGGCGCUGAAGACACCUGCCGGCUGGAGAGGCAGGCCCCCAGCACGUGAACCUCCCACCACUCUCCAGGCCUGUGCAGGGGGGACCCCUGGAAGCCACAGCUCAGGACCCCCCACCAAGCCAGUGCGUGAGAAUGGCUGCUUUGGACCCUCUUUGGACAUUUAAUCAUCCCUCCUGCUCCCAUUUCCUCUGGGCAGGAGACCGUCUCUGCCUUCAGCCACCUGCAGAGCCAGGCGGUGUGCUCCUCUGCCCUCCAGUUCUCCUUGCAGGCCCCCAGCUGGUGGGCCAGGUAGCCCGCAUCCCUGGGGCUAGGAACCGGGAGUUCUGUGCACAAAAACCUCUGGCCUAGAGCCUGCCCGUUUUUGCCUCCCAGUCCCUCUCUCGACACUUCUGGCUGCUGGACACCCUCUCUUCACCUGUGAUUGUGUUUGUUUAUAGUGGAAAGAAAACAAAACCAUUGUCAGCUGAAUACUUCUGUCAGAGCUUGUGACCAGUCCACCUGUAGCUGUGGGAUGAUUCCAGAACCUGGUUCCAGUUUUUUUGUUUGGAUUUUGUUUUUCUAACAAUGGAGAAAAAGAAUUGUUAGUGACACAGACAGAUUGCCUUACCCUAAGUGAGCGUGAGAAGCCAUAAGGACUGAAUUCUGCAGCCCAGCUUCAGGACAGACCCACUCAGAGGCUGGCGGGCACAUGGGUUGGAAAGAAGCCCACAUCCUGGGGUGGGGGGGAGGGCCGCCCAUGAGUGCGGCUGGGGCCUGGCUCGGGGCGCAGAGCUGCCCUGUGGCCUACAGGAAUUCAGCAGCAUGUACAGUCACUUGCACUAUACCGUCUCCAAGCCAGAAACCAUUUAAUUUCAUAAAGAAACUUGUGAAAAAUAACCUGGCGGCCAGCCCUUGUUUUCUGUUGGUGUCUGUGCAUUUUUCUCCUCCCACACCCCUUUCUGUCCCAGGCCUUUCCUCAUCCUUGGAAGGAGCCAGCAGCACCCAGUGGAGAAUAUAGUUGCAGACCAGGCCCCCAGGGUGCUCUCUGGUGGAGGAAGGCUCAGUGCCUUCAGAGGCUCAGGGGAGCCGGGAGCUGUCUCAGAGCCUCCCUCCCCAGCUGCCCUCAGAGUGCAUGGUUUAGCUGAAGUUACCAGCAAAUGGGAGUUUGGGGGAUAGGCAGUCCGUCACCUUUCUGGGUCUCAGCAUCCUCCUUGGUAUAAUGGGGGAGAAUGUGUCUUCCUCCCAGGAGGACCUGUGCCACAGGCCCAGAAAAGGAACAAGGGUGGCUUCCCUCCCCUUCCCCACCAAUCACACACAUUGCCAAGGUCACUGCAGUUCAGCCUGAAACCCCCAGAUCUCCUAACUUGAGAGAACCUACACUAUCUCCCAUCCAACUCAAGCUGCCUGGAGACAAAACCCAUAGGGAAAGAAUCAUGAAAACAACAAUAUGCAACACAAGUCAAUCUUUAUUGAAAACUGCAGUAUUAAUACAUAACAAUUCUUAUUACAAUAAACGUGCUUUUAAGAAUUUUAAAUCUGAGCUCAUCUACUCAUCAGAUUGCAUAAAAAAUUAAAAUAGUAUGAAUUUACACAUAAUGGAAUUGGCUCAGGAUGGAUGUUCUACUCCUUUUUAUUAUUGAUUGACACCUUAAGCUCAAUGCAGAGGUGAGGGGUGCCUUUAACACUGGAAGACGAUGCUGACUUAAGCUUUAAAAAAGUACCAAGAGAAUGGCCUAAAAAAACAGUAUUUAAAAAUCAUUAAUUAAAAAAAAAUAAUAAUAAGGAACCGUUUCCUAGUCAAUAACAGUGGCUUCCCAGGGCCUCUCUUGAGUGGCUGUCAUUGCAACUGCUCCAGGGACACAGAAGAGCUGCCUCAGACCCAGCCCAGCUAUUCUGUGGACCCUGGUCUGCCCAAGGACCCAUAGGAGACUCCAACAGGGCUGAGGCAGCCCAGAUAAGACGCUCGUCGUCUCCAACACACCCAUCCUGGAAGCAGAGCCAUCUCCUGAAGCUCCCGACAGGUUCCCCAGACAAAAUGCUGGCCUUGGUCUUCCUGUCCCAGGUGGUGUUAGUCCUGGGGACUCAAUAAGGUUCUGUUCUUCAAAUUAAUGGGGUGGGGAAAGAGACAUCCUCUGAAACAUUUUAAGAAUAACUGCAACUUUCUACCUGGAAAGAUCAGACCCUCCUAUGCAGCAUGUCAUCUGCGGGCUCCUUUCAGAAAGCUCAGGUUGAGUAAUAAAGAGCUCAGGAGAGAAAACAUGCCAACAUUUGAAGUGUGCUCUAGAGAAGGGCCACGUGAGCCGCCCUUCCUCUUUGCAGACCCCUCCUUAGAAAGCACCAAGAGAACAGAAACUGUCUCCCACCUCAGGCCCCACACCCUUAAGCCUACCCUCACACCACCAGAGGGGGUCAGACUGGUGUCCUGUCCUGUCUGGGCAGUGCCCAGGCUGGCAAGAACUGGGGUGCCCAGCCAUCAGCUACCAGAUGGGGAGGUGGCGGCCGGACUGAUCAGGGCAACACUGUUUCUAAAUGCUUACACAGCACAGGUGAAGAAGUCUAGGUUUUCUUCUUAAAGUAGGCCCCAAUACUGAUGCAACCAGUGCCACCGAUUAGCAUGUCGCAGGCGCCUAAAAUAUCUAUUUCCUCUUGCUUCUCAAGUGCCGAUGCCAGCACUGGAGCGAGGCACUGCACACCCAGCCACGGAAGGGCAGGGUGGUACUGAGCAGGCAUCCAGCCCAAGGCCCAGGACCGCCCUCGGCUCCUGUAAACACUACCUUUGCAUAGCACUCGAGAAACAGUCACACUGGCAGGCCUAAUGACCAAACCAACAAGAAUGUUUGGAAAAGACUGAACACAAGAGACAAAAGGUUCUGGAAACGCCUCUGUGCCUGUUGCCACAAUCAGCCCUAGCCCUGAUGCUGGCCUCGCUUCUCAGAGGCAGCAGGCUGAUGGGACCACCACGCAUCACUAGAGGUUCAGUCAAUCGGCCCAGAUCUAAACAAGGUUUCUGUGAGCUGAGAAGCAUACCUCCUAAACCUCAGGGCAGAGGCUGUGGAACAAAAUUGUUUUCAAAUAUCCAUGAUGAAAUCCAUGUUUACAAGAAUUAGUUCCUUCACUUGCCUGUCUCAACUUUUACAAUAAAUGCAAUUCAGCUGAAACUCAAAUUAGGAAUGUCACAUACAAAAAAAUGCAAAAUUUCUUUGAAUGUUCUACUGUUGUGCUUAGAAUAUCAAAUUAUGCAACUUUAUAAGAGAAGUUCUAUUCCUUAAUUUUACUGGAACUAAAUGCUGCUAAAAUUACAACAUAUGAUAAUUCUGUUACUUUUUGUUACGUCCAGAUUCUUACCUGCUAGACAAGAUCUACCUUUCAUAUUUGAUAGGUGGAUGCCCUGAUAGUUUCAAAAUUGAAGAGAUUUCCACAGAGAUGUAUUCCAUAAUGCAAAAGCAUUUGAUGAAGUCUCCCAUUCAACUUCACAAAAGGAAAGUAAGAUUUUUAGAAAUUAUAGGGGAGAAAGUGUUUAUAACGCUGAUGUAAAUGGGGAGAAAACGCAACCCACUCUUCUCUCUCUUGAAAACACCAUUAAUUCAGUGCUUGUGAAAAUACUCACCCUAUAUGUGUGCCAGUCUCAGGCAAGUCUGAAGAAAGAGCCUAUGUGACUUCUCCCAUCUUCCUCCUGAAUUCCAAUGACUGCAACCCUUACAGGUAGGGGUGUGUGUGUGUGUGUCUGUGUGUGUGUGUGUGUGGUGUGUGUGUGUGUGUGUGUUUGGGGCUUUUAAAAACCAUAUACUAAAAUCAUCUAAUCUAUUACACAAAACUGGGGAAACCAACUUCUCUGUUACUGGAUCAGUUCAGCCCAUUAGAACAUAUACAAACUGUCCACUACAGAGGUGGAACAAAGAGUUACCAACAAAGAGUUGUAGAAGUGGACACAAAUGGUGUGUCUAGGGUAAAUGGCUGUCACACACACAGAAACACACACAAGUUGGGUUAAGUGCUCUUGAAACAAUUUAAAGUACUUAUCAGUAAACACACUAUGUUACAGACAUUAGGAGUAAAUCUUCUGUUUACAAUGAUCCAUGCAAAAAUAUUCCUAAACUUCUUAUAAAAUAAAACGUGAAAAAGAAAAUUAUGAGGAGUACUUACUAUAAAAAAUAAGGUUACCAGAGGCUCAAAGGUCAGGGGUCCCAUUCACCAGCCCAGGCUGAAUGCCACACCAGUGCCAGAGCCCUAACCAGCUGCCAGAGCCGUAAGGAGAGUAAGGUCCCCUCCCCAACCAAGGCCCACAGCACUUGUAACAAUGAUGGGGUGAAGAAGGGGCACCCCAACAGACUGCUGAAAGGGAACAAACCCUUACCCCCCCGCCCCCUCUGACUGCAUCUGAAGACACACACACACACACAUCCAUCGAUACAAGUUGGGCACAUUUAGGCAAAAAAAUCCUCUUGGUUUCUUAUGUACAAUAUUCAGAUUCUAAACACAAAAUCCUUUCUGUAAUAAAUCCUGGCGGGUAAAUGCAUUCUGAUGCUGCCUGGCCCUUUGCUAUCCACAGCUGCUCUGUGCUGAGUGUUCUCAGCCGCAAGAAGAGAUGGGAGAAGAGGCUCACAGAGACAGGCACCAGCCCUCCCCACCUGCCCACACCCACCUCGAAGAGUCCCCUCCAGGUGGUCUCGGAGGAAAAGUCCCCAUCAGGUGGAGAGACCUAAACACGGCCACAGCACUGCCUCUCUACAAGAAACAAUCAAUUUCAAAUAAAGUUUGUUCCCUUUUAAUAGUUCUUAAAUAUACAACUUUCUUCACAACACACAGCUGAAAUCUUUGCCUUCCUUGUGGGAGGGAGAGCUGCAAUGCCUACAUAGUUUUCAGGUGACUCAAACAUUUCUCUGGGGGCAAAAAAAAAAAAAAAAAGAAAGAAAAGAAAA